CCUGCGUUCUGGUUCACGGUCCCGUCAUGCCGUCUCUGAACGAAGUAGUGAAGUUGAAUGCAACCUUUUCACCUCCAACGACGCCUAUUGCUCUGUUCGUUGGUGGGACAAGCGGCAUAGGCCAAGCUACGGCCGAGGCGUUCGCCCGUUACACGAAUGGCAAUAUCCAUAUCAUUCUUUGUGGACGAAAUCGUAAAGCCGCGGAUCGCAUCUUCAAGGGCAUGCCGCCUGCCGCUAACGGCGGCGCGUACGAAUUCGUCGCCUGCGACGUAUCUCUCAUGAAGAACAUUCGCGACAUCGUCACAGAGUUGCUCUCUUCUCUUCCGAAGCUGAACUAUCUUGUACUCUCGUCCGGCUUUUUGGGGAUGGGUGGCCGAGACGAGACCGAAGAAGGAAUAGACCGGAAGCUCGCCCUGCACUACUACGCGAGGUGGAAAUUCAUUCAUGAUCUUAUGCCGCUGCUGGUCAAUGCUACGGAGUUGGGCGAAGACGCGAAGGUUAUCACGAUCAAGGCUGCCGGACAAGGAGGCAAGAUCGACUUGAACGAUCUCGGCUUGAAGAAACACUACAGCUCGGCGAAAGCUGCUUCAGCUAUGCCGACGUACAACGAUUGUAUGAUCGAGGCACGUUUGAUUUCCAAGUGCAGGUUAUCAUUGUGUUUCACGCUAACUACCGUACGUCAGGCCUUUGCCGCACGGCAGCCCAAGAUGUCUUUUGUCCACAUGCAUCCGGGAGUAGUGCGCACUCCGCUACUGAAGCCAUCGAACCCCAUUCUCAAGCUCUUCUACCCGUUGUUCAUCGCGUUGCUGUGGCCUGUAUCCGUAUCGCAAGCGAACUCCGGCGAGUUUGUCAUGUACUCCCUUCUACGAGGAGAUAAGGGCUCUUUUCGACGAAAUGGCAAGGGCAAUGACAUAGGCGAAAAGAACCUGAACACCUCGGAGGAAGCUAGACAUGCCCUUUGGGAGCAUACGUCGGCCGAGACCAAUGUCUACUGAUAGUUAUCGUUACGCGUGCUCUUCUUGUUCUUCUCCGGUCACUUAUGGCGAAACUGCAUCCAAGG